AUGAAGAGACAAGCAUCCAACGGGACUUUGGACGCUCCCACAUAUAAAAAACCCUUGAUUGAAGAUGAGGACAUGUCUUCCAGCGAGUCCGAGUCCUCUCUUCCAAUUUUCGAGGUUCCUGGCGAGAACAGCACCAGAUGGAGUAACACCAUCACCAGUGUCAUUAAAAGCGUAGUGUCCAUCCAUUUCAGCAAUAUCACCAAUUUCGACACCGAGACAUGUGUCACCAGUGAAGCGACUGGUUUUGUUGUUGAUGCCGAGAGAGGAAUAAUUCUCACGAACCGUCAUGUUGUAGGACCUGGCCCAUUCGUUGGAUAUGCCGUGUUCGACAACCACGAAGAGGCCGUCGUGAAGCCAAUCUACAGAGACCCCAUCCACGAUUUCGGCUUUUUGCAAUUCAACCCCAAAGAUAUCAAGUACAUCACCGUGUCGGAGCUCAGCUUGAGACCCGACUUGGCCAAGGUGGGCACCGAGAUCAGAGUCGUGGGUAACGAUGCUGGUGAGAAACUUUCCAUUUUGGCCGGUUUCAUCUCUCGUUUGGACAGAAACGCACCAUUUUAUGGUUCCAUGAUGUACAAUGACUUCAAUACCGAGUACAUUCAAGCCGCUGCUAGUGCAUCCGGAGGUUCUUCCGGUUCCCCGGUCGUCAACGAACACGGAGAAGCUGUUGCAUUACAAGCUGGUGGCUCUACAGAAGCUUCCACAGAUUUCUUCCUUCCCGUAUCGAGGCCUCUCCGUGCUUUGAAGUGCAUCCAGGAGUCUCAACCCAUCACUAGAGGUGAUAUCCAAGUUGAAUGGCUCUUAUUGCCGUUUGAUGAGUGUAGAAGAUUGGGCUUGACUCCAGAAGCCGAGGCCGCCGCAAGAGAGUUGUUUCCUGACAAGUCUGGCCUUUUGGUGUGUGAGAUGGUCAUUCCACAAGGCCCAGCAGAUGGCUUACUUAAGGAGGGUGAUAUUUUGAUCUCUGUCAAUGGUGAGCCUAUCCCAACAUUUAUCAGACUUGACGAGAUUUUGGAUGACAACGUUGGCAAACCAUUGGAGUUUGUUCUUCAGCGCGGAGGUCAAGACUUGAACGUUACUAUCACCAUCGGCGACUUGCAUGCUAUCACCCCAAACAGAUUCGUCAACGUCGCCGGUGCCUCUUUCAACGACUUGUCAUACCAACUUGCCAAGUGUUACUGCAUCCCAGUAAAGGGUGUUUACGUCAAUGACGCAUCUGGAACCUUUGAUUUCAAUAACCAGGACAAGAACGGAUGGAUCUUGGACAAAAUUGACAACAAGCCAACCCCCGACUUGGACACUUUCAUCGAGGUUAUGAAAGGCAUCCCUGAUCGUCAAAAGGUCACGGUUUUGUUCCGUCAUUUGUCGGACUUGCAUUCCAAAAACGGAUGUGUCAACCAUGUUGAAAGACAUUGGCAGUCAGAAUUCCGCAUGGCCACCAGAAACGAUGAAACGGGUCUUUGGGAUUUCAAGUCGAUUCAAGAAGAGCCUUUGCCACCUUUAGAAUUGACUGCACAAAAUGCUAAGUUUGUGGACAUUCCAUUGAACGAUAAGAGCAAGGCAGCAUGCACAAAGCUCUCCAGAUCCUUCGUUCAAGUGAGAACAAUCUGCCCAAUUCCUGUGGAUAGUUUCCCAUUCAGCAAAGAUGCCGGUUACGGUGUUAUCGUCGACGCAGAGAACGGUUAUGUCUUAGUCUCUCGUCGUUAUGUUCCACAUGAUGUCUGCGACAUUUACCUUGUGUUUGCCGAGUCAGUCGACAUUCCCGGUAAGGUUGUCUUCUUGCAUCCAAACUUGAACUAUGCUAUCGUCAAGUAUGAUCCAUCAUUAGUUGUGGCUGAUAUUAUGACCCCCAAGCUAGCUGACCAACCAUUGAAAAGAGGAGACAGAUCCUUCUUCGUUGGUUACAACUAUAGAUUCAGAAUUGUCACAGAUGACGUCUCUGUCAGCUCGGUAGUCUCCCUCAACAUUGCGGCUAACAACCUUAGCCCUCGAUACAGGGGAACCAACUUGGAGUGUGUCUUGUUGGACAGCAAGAUCGCCCAAGAAUGUGACACCGGAAUGUUAGUUGAUGAUGACGGCACCUUGAGAGCCUUUUGGUUGACUUAUCUUGCCGAGCAAAGCUGCGGCUCCAUGAACAAUAUCAUGUAUAGAAUGGCCUUGGAUGUUACUGAUGUACAGAACGUCAUCCAAAGAUUGAAACAACAGAAAAGCCUUGAACCGUUGAGAAUCCUCGAAGCCGAGUUCACUGUCAUCACUGUCUUGCUGGCCAGAACCAGAGGUGUUCCGAAAGAAUGGAUUGACAGAUUCGAAGAGGAAUCCGAGGACCAAGUCAAAAUACUAUCUGUGCAAAGGGUUUCUGCACCCAUCCGCCCAGAAGACAAGUCGCCGUUGAAAUUUGGUGAUAUUGUCUUGACUGUCAACGACAAGUUAGUCACCAGUAUGAGGGAUUUGAGUGCAAUGUAUACCAAGGAGACGCUCACCUUCCAGAUUGUCAGAGAUCUGGAGGUGUUGCAACUCGAGGUGCCCACUGUCGACACCACCAGCAUUGACACUUCUCGCGUUUUGUUCUGGUGUGGCGCUUUGAUCCAAGAACCUCACAACGCUGUCCACCAAUUGAUGGAGACCAUUCCAUCGCGUGUGUACGUGACUAGAAAAAACCCAGGUGGUCCAAUGGCGCAGUAUGGUAUUCUGACCAGUGUGUUCGUUACGCAUGUCAACGACCAAGAGACUCCGGAUUUGGAGAGCUUCAUCAGAAUCACUGACUCGAUUCCUGACAACACCUACGUCAAGUUGAGAUUGGUUUCAUUUGAUCAUGUGCCUGGAGCCAUUUCCAUGAAGACAAACUACCACUACUUCCCUACCCAAGAGUUGAAGAAGAAUGCGAACGGAGAAUGGGACGAAGUCAAGCAUUCAUCUGACUAA